CAGUGCGCACACAGUACUUAUGAAGCUUACUUACCUCGGACCUGGCUUGAGGCACUGCGCCAUUUGUCGCCCGACAUCCGUUAUCAGAACGUCAAUCAAAUAAUUCAUCCAACAUGGACGGAGACGCAAUCAAAAUCUUGCUAGUCGGUGAUGAGAAAUGUGGAAAGACGUCGUUCAUCUCACGACUGAGCGCUGGCGAAGGAACCGGCCCCAUCACGCUGCUCAGAGACAUUGAUCAACCUUUCAUCUUUGAGAUCAAGCUUGGCCAAAACCCAUACCGCUUGGAGUUCUACGAUACAAAUAGCCCCGAAAAUUGGAAGCUCCUCGACCCCGACAUCGUCAUCUUGUGCUACGAUAUCAGCCAGCGACUCAGUCUCAUCAAUAUGAGAAGACAUUGGCUCAAAGAGGUCAAACUGUCCUUUCGCAGACCCGACCGUCUGCCCAUCCUCUUGCUGGGCCUCAAACGAGACCUUAGAUCGGAAGAUGAUCCAAAUGGCAUCAUCUACCCCCAAGAAGCCUACCAGCAGGCGCAGGAAAUGCGGAUAGAUAGAUACAUGGAGUGCUCCGCGGUGACGGGGGAGCUUAUCAAGCUGGCGUUCGAAGACAUUUGCAAGACGGCGGUGAUGACGCGGAAGGCCGAGGGCGGGCAGACCGAGGGUGGAUGUGUCGCCAUGUAAAAGGUCGCCGUGGCCGUUGUCGUUUACCGGCUGAUCGGCUGUGAGCUUCCCUGCCACCAAGAAGAGGAGGGGAUACCGGAAAGCCAGUCGCGAUCUGGAGUAGAUUGCAAAGUGCGAUCGGGGAUGCUCUCCUAAGCAGCGCCCUCGUCACCAGCCUCCUCCUGCCCCUCCUCUUGGGGAAAUGUGCCGAGGACUUCGGCGAUGAUGUUGACCAUCUCUUCUUGCUGGUUCUCGUCGAAGCGCUCCGUCAUCUCUUCGAUGACGGUAUUCAAUGCGGCGACGGACGCAGGACGGAGAUUGAGGAUCAUGAUGACCUCGCCUUUGGCCAAGUCAUAGGGACGGAGCUUUUCCAGGAGCUUGGGGAUGCAACCCGGCUGGUAGGUGAUGGGGUCCUGGCUCAACGGGUUGGGUGGUGUGCGCAGAUACUGGAGGAGCUAGACCGGAUAAGUCAGUAACGGGUCUAUUACACAGAAGCAGAUACCCAA